CCUCUGUCUGCAGUAGAAGAGCGGAGCAACUCGAGCAAGCAGCAACAGUAGCAGCAGCGCAAAGAAGCAGAAUCCAACGUCUGUGCGUGUCAUUCACUAUCGGCUCGUCGCCGACUUAGUCGUUAAUAGAUAUACUCGGUGGGCGCGCCUAGAUAGUGUUGAUUAUUUGCUAGUACAGGUCGUCGGGUGCGAUUGUUACUCGAGAAAAAUGUCGGUGAGCGAGGCCGAUCGCGAGAAGCGAAAACAGAUUUCGGUGAGGGGCAUCGUCGAUGUGGAAAAUGUCGCCAACUUCAAGAAGACCUUCAAUAGACACCUCCACUACACCCUGGUGAAGGACCGUAACGUAGCCACUUCUCGCGACUACUACUUCGCCCUCGCGCACAGCGUCAAGGACAACCUCGUCUCAAGGUGGAUCCGCACCCAGCAGUAUUACUACGAGAAUGAUCCCAAGAGAGUCUACUACCUGUCGCUGGAGUACUACAUGGGGCGCACGCUGCAGAACACGAUGAUCAACCUGGGCAUCCAAGGCGCCUGCGACGAGGCCAUGUACCAGAUGGGGCUGGACAUCGAGGAGCUGGAGGAGCUGGAGGAGGACGCGGGCCUGGGAAACGGCGGCCUUGGCCGCCUGGCCGCCUGCUUCCUCGACAGCAUGGCCACGCUGGGCCUGGCCGCCUACGGCUACGGGAUCCGCUACGAGUACGGCAUCUUCGCGCAGAAGAUCCGCAACGGCGAGCAGCACGAGGAGCCGGACGACUGGCUGCGCUACGGCAACCCCUGGGAGAAGGCGCGCCCCGAGUUCAUGCUGCCGGUCAACUUCUACGGCCACGUGGUCGACACGCCCGAAGGCAAGAAGUGGGUCAACACGCAAGUGGUCUUCGCCAUGCCCUACGACAACCCCAUCCCCGGCUACAAGAACAACGUGGUCAAUACGCUUAGGCUCUGGUCGGCCAAGUCACCGGUCGAGUUCAACCUCAAGUUCUUCAACGACGGGGACUACAUCCAGGCGGUGAUCGACCGCAACCUCGCCGAGAACAUUUCGCGCGUGCUCUACCCCAACGACAACUUCUUCGAGGGCAAGGAGCUGCGCCUCAAGCAGGAGUACUUCAUGGUGGCGGCCACGCUGCAGGACAUCAUCCGCCGUUACAAGUCCAGCAAGUUCGGCAGUCGCGAGCACCACCGCACCGACUUCGAAGCCUUCCCCGACAAGGUGGCCAUCCAGCUGAACGACACCCACCCCUCGUUGGCCAUCCCCGAGCUCAUGCGCAUCCUCAUCGACAUCGAGGGUCUUAGUUGGGAGAAGGCCUGGGAGCUGACGGUGCGCAGCUGCGCUUACACCAACCACACCGUCCUGCCUGAGGCGCUCGAGCGCUGGCCGUGCAGCAUGCUCGACAGCAUCCUGCCGCGCCACCUGCAGAUCAUCUACCACAUCAACUUUCUGCACCUUAAGCAAGUCGAGGCCAAGUUCCCCGGGGACCUUGACCGCCUACGCCGCAUGUCGCUCAUCGAGGAGGAGGGCGAGAAGCGCGUCAACAUGGCCCACCUGUCCAUCGUCGGCAGCCACGCCAUCAACGGCGUCGCGCGCAUCCACUCGGAGAUCCUUAAGGACUCGGUCUUCCGUGAUUUCUACGAACUCACUCCCGAAAAGUUCCAGAACAAGACCAAUGGCAUCACUCCGAGGAGGUGGCUGCUGCUUUGCAACCCUAACCUGUCCGACGUGAUCGAGGAGAAGAUUGGCAGCGAAUGGACCACCCACCUGGAGCAGCUGGUCCAGCUUAAACAGUACGCUAAUGACCCCUCCUUCCAGCGCGCCAUCGUUAAGGUCAAGCAGGAAAACAAGAUGCGGCUGGCCGAGAUGCUGGAGAAGGAUUACGGCGUCAAGGUCAAUCCUUCGUCCAUUUUCGACAUCCAGGUGAAGCGCAUCCACGAGUACAAGCGCCAGCUGCUCAACUGUAUGCACAUCAUCACCAUGUACAAUCGCAUCAAAGCGAACCCCACGAAACCCGUGGUACCGCGCACCGUCAUGAUCGGUGGCAAGGCCGCGCCUGGCUAUCACACUGCCAAGAAGAUCAUCAAGCUCAUCUGCAGCGUCGCCAAUGUCGUCAACAACGAUCCCAUUAUCGGUGACAAGCUCAAAGUCAUCUACCUCGAGAACUACAGGGUCACGCUGGCUGAGAAAAUCAUACCUGCGGCCGAUCUCAGCGAGCAGAUUUCCACUGCCGGAACCGAAGCCUCUGGCACUGGAAACAUGAAGUUCAUGCUGAACGGCGCCUUGACGAUUGGCACACUCGACGGAGCCAACGUUGAAAUGGCUGAAGAGAUGAACAACGACAACAUUUUCAUUUUCGGCAUGACCGUUGAGGAGGUGGAAGCCUUAAAAAAGAAAGGAUACAAUGCUCAUGAUUAUCUCAAUAAACUGCCUGAAGCUAAACAAUGCAUCGAUCAAAUUCAAGGGGGCUUCUUCAGUCCCAAUAACCCUUCUGAAUUCCAUGACAUCAUCGAUAUUCUUCUCAAAUGGGACAGAUUUUAUCUUUUGGCCGAUUACGAGAGCUAUAUUCAGUGUCAAGACCGAGUAUCGAAAACUUAUCUGGACGAGUCUAAAUGGGUGGAAAUGGCCAUUCACAACAUCGCUUCAUCCGGCAAGUUUUCAUCGGACCGAACGAUCGCAGAAUACGCCCGUGAAAUUUGGGGAGUCGAGCCUAGUUGGCAGAAACUGCCCGAUCCUCAUGAACCUCGUGAUAUUUAAGUUCAUGCAAUGCCCUUUGCGUUUUAUCAUAAUAAUUGGUAUUCAUUUUUUUAAAGCCAGAUGCUUAUCUAUAUAUGUCUGUUUAUUCAUUUACAGCUUUAUAUGAAAUAUUUCAGUUACAUUUGCUUGUACCUAAGUGUGUAUCUGGACGCGCAAUCGCAUGAGAAUACUCGAUAAACAUUGUGAGCUCUAUUGGCUUUACAACAAAAAGAUAUUUUAAAGGAUCGAUUAGCUCGAUUUAUAUCUAAAGUUUUUACAAA